AUGAAGACACUCUCAAGAGUUUGUGUGUUUUUUAUGCUGAUAAUAUCAACGCCAUGCAUACUAGCACUGAAAGUUGGUGUGCUACCGCUGGUAGCUGGUAGCCACACAUUAUCCAUGGAUGCCAUUACACGACAAAUACUUCAACGAGGCCAUCAGGCAAUUACCAUUAUAUCAAAUGAAGAUCGUUACUUAAAGAGACUUAUGCCUUCUGCUCUAGCCUUGUAUGAAGUUGACGAACCUUUAACUGAAAUGGAUUCACAGAAAAUGUUGACCUCUAAAAUUCGAUUACAAAUUCUGCGAAACUUUUAUGAGAUACAGAGCCGAUAUUGCGAUGCUACGCUAUCCAAUAAAACGUUACUACAAUCUAUUCAAGAUGUCGAUAUUAUAAUAACAGACAAUUUAUACGUUUGUAGCAUACUCUUACCUGAGCUAUUAAAUAAGCCAAGUAUCAUUAUGUCAUUUUCUGCUGGCAUAGCCGGCAUGCAUACCUUUCUAGGAGAAUAUGAACCGACUACAUAUAUACCGAUUCAUGGUUCUAUGAUAUCAUCACAGAAGAUGACCUUUAAACAACGUGCUAUUAAUGUAAUCCAAGGUAAAAUUAUGUAUGCUGCUAUGAAUUACAUCUCUGCAAGCGCUAUUAAUAAAUUAAGAUUAAAGCAUAAUAUCAGUAUGCAUUUAACGCUGGAUCAACUACGUAGAAAAUUUUCACUGCACUUGUCUUCAAUCGAUUUCUCAAUCGAAUAUGCCCGACCGUUGCCUCCUUAUAUACAUGUUGUCGGACCAGUUACUCCAAGACCUCCAUCUUCAUUGCCUCCAAUAUUUGAAAAUAUUAUACAAAAUUUAAAGAACCAAACUAUUAUUGUCUUGUCGUUUGGAAGUGAACUUCAACUUUCUAACGAAAAACUACCGGAAAUGGUAACAGCAUUACGACAAUUACCUUAUACAAUUAUAUGGAAAACGAAGCAAAACAUCCAAAAUAUACCAUCUAAUGUUAAAAUAAUGGAAUGGAUACCACAGAAUGACCUACUUGGAUGUAAUAAAACCAUUGCACUCAUAACACAUUGUGGAUGCAAUAGUUUAUACGAAGCAGCAUAUCAUGGAGUACCAAUGAUAGGUAUGCCAGCGAUGAUCGAACAAAUGGGAAAUGCCGCAAGAAUGGUUCAUGCAGGCAUCGGAAUACAUGUCGAUUUUCAUUCUUUUGAAGCUGCGGAUAUGAUCAAUGCCGUUACAGAAUUAGUAGAAAACUCAAGGUACAAAGAGAAUGUAGCCAAAGUUGCUAAAAUUAUUAAAAGUAACGGAAGAUCGCCAGCGGACGCUAUCGUCGAUUGGAUCGAGAUGCUCUAUCACUGUUGUCUUGGUGAAGGUCUAACAUUCUUACCACGAAUAGAUUGA